AAGUGUCUCAUCAACUCUAAGUCCAUAUCUCAUUCGGAGGGUUCAACAUCGACUUCUAAGAAGAAAGCCCGGGGAAAAUUACUACGGAAGGGGAAAGGGAAAGGGAUCAAUAAACUUCAAAUUCCUAGUAGAGAGGAGAGUUGGGAAAUUAUAGUAGUUGCUGAUGGAAGAAAGAAGAAGUCUAUGGAAAUUUUACCCUCUACAGCUAAAGUCGAUGAACCUGAAAUUAGGAAGAGGGCUCGUCUUCCUAUUGAUGGUUCACGUUGCUUGGAUUCAACAACGGACUGCUUAACAUAUUUGUUGUAUUUUCUUGCAAGGUAG